ACAGAUAGCCGCCAUGCUGAGCUCCCGGAGUCUGUCGCUGCUGGCGCCGCCGCUGCGCCGCGCCUUCCACGCGUCCACCGGGCGCCAGGCCAUCCAGACCGUCAACGUGCCGUCCAUGGGCGACUCCAUCAGCGAGGGCACGCUCGUGGAGAUCGUCAAGAAGGCGGGUGACGCCGUGCACGCCGACGAGGUCGUGCUCGUGCUUGAGACCGACAAGGUGAGCGUGGACGUGACCAGCCCCGUGGCCGGCACCGUCGUGGAGGUGCUGGCGCAGCUGGAGGAGAACGUGGAGGUGGGCAAGCCGCUCUUCACUCUGGACGACGCGCUGGCCCCCAGCGGCUCCAGCAGCUCUGCACAGACGACGACGACUGCUGCGUCGACGGAGGCGGCCCCUGCUGCUGCCGUUGCCGCCGCCGCUGCGCCGUCCGGACACCGGGUGCCCCUCAUCAAGUUCCUGGGCAAGCGCUCGCUGCUGCCGCCCAAGCCGUCGCCGCUGUCCAAGCCGCUGGGCCUCAAGCUGCCGCCGUCCCCGCUGCGCGCUGUGCCCGUACAACCGUCCAGUGCCGACGUCCUGCCCUUCACCAGCGCCAAGCGACUGCCGCUGUCGCCUGCGGAGGUGGAGUCGAUCAACUCGGGUCUCGCCUUCCUGUAA